AUGGACCCCGCUGGCGCGCCGUGGGGCGACCCUCGCCGCGGGUACGCCUACGCCUACGGCGCCGGAUCGGUCGCGCAGGCGCCGACGGUGAAGAGGCAACCCCCGCCGCCGCCGCAGCAGCUACUGCCGACGCGACAGGACGUUGCGGCCGUGGCGAGCGGCGGGGUGCUUAAGAGGAGCCUUGGCGAGGUGGAGAGGUGGCAGCAGGCGCUGUACCUCCGCGAGGUGAGGCAGCGCGUCGCGGCGCAGUCGCAGAUCGCGCACCCGCCGAUCGACAUCGGGUCCGUGCUGGCGGGGGCCUCCGCCUCGCGGGCCUCGGGUCCCUCCAGGCCGCCUUCAUCGGGCUUUGCCGGGCUCUCGCCGCAGCCGUCGUCGACGCUGUCGUCGCUCACCACCGCGUCGCACAUGGAGACGCGGCCGUCGCAUAUGCGGCCGCUGUUGCAGAGGCAGAUGGUGGCCGCGCCGUCCGCGCCUCCGCAGGCCGUGGCCAGGGUGCCGGCUGCGGGUCGCUCGGCGGCCAGAGAGCUGGUGUUGUUGCAGGAGCUGGAGAAGCACCUACUCGGCGACGACGACGAUGGCGAGGCAGAGGCGGCGGGGAGUGCAUGCGGCUCCACGGUCACCAGCUCUGCGUGGGGGGACACGAUACAGGAGCUCAAUUCCAUCACCGCCGCGCCUUUGACGUCUCUUCCCAGCAACCACAGCACCGCGCCUGCCGCCAUGUCAAGGUCUCCGUCCAACUCCUCGUCGUCCACGGUUUCGUCGGCAGCGUCCAGCUCGCCGCCGACCUCGACAGCCUCGUCGCGCCAGCUGCUGUCCGAGGCCGCCGCCGCCAUCGUCGACGGCAACCACGCAGCCGCGGCCGCUCACCUCGCGGUCCUGAAGGUUGCCGCGAACCCGCGUGGGGACGCGGAACAGAGGCUGGUGGCCAUGAUGGCGUCCGCCCUGUCCUCCCGCAUCGGACGACCACCCGCGUCUCAACACCUCGCGGGCCUAUGCGGUGCCGAGCAGCGUGCGGCGUGCCAGCUGCUGCACGACGUCUCCCCCUGCUUCGGCCUCGCCCUCCACGGCGCCAACCUCGCCAUCCUCGACGCCGUGGCCGACCAGCGCGUCAUCCACCUGAUCGACUUCGACGUUAGCGUCGCGCAGCAUAUCGCCCUCAUCCAAGCCCUCUCCAGCCGCCGCGUGGCCGGCACAUGUCUCAAGGUCACGGCCGUCGCCGACCCCACGUCGCCGUUCACGCCGGCUCUAACGCAGGCGCUCGGGGCCACGGAGCAGCGGCUCAAGAGGUACGCCCAGCAGGCCGGGCUGGAGUUCCGGUUCAAAGCAGUCAGCUGCGUUGCUGGAGAGAUCGAGGCGUCGAGGCUCGGGUGCGAGCCAGGAGCGGAGGCGCUGGUGGUGAACCUGGCGUUCGUUCUCUCGCGCGUCCCGGACGAGAGCGUGUCCCCGGCGAACCCGCGCGACGAGCUCCUCCGUGGCGUGCGCGCGCUAUGCCCGCGCGUGGUGACGCUCGUGGAGCAGGAGCUCAACGCCAACACGGCGCCUCUGGCGGCGCGGUUCGCCGACGCGUGCGCGCACUACGGCGCGGUGCUGGAGUCGCUAGACGCGACCCUGGCCCGCGACAGCGCGCAGAGGGCCCGUGCCGAGACGGCCCUGGCGAACAAGGCGGCCAACGCCGUGGCGCGGGAGGGGCCCGACCGGGUGGAGCGGUGCGAGGUGUUCGGCAAGUGGCGCGCCCGGUUCGGCAUGGCGGGGCUGCGGCCCGUGGCGAUCGGGCAGGGCGUCGCCGACCGCGUCAGGGCACGGCUACGUCCGGGGUUCGACGUGAAGCUGGACAGCGGCCGGCUCGGGGUCGGGUGGAUGGGGCGCGUGGUCACCGUCGCAUCCGCCUGGCGUUAG